UAUCAGUCCUACAAAGUAAAGCUGUAUACCUAAACAAAAACAUCGUCCAAUUAUACAUAGCGAUAGUACUUUUUGUUGAAAGUGUAAUUUCUACCAUUAAUGCAGUACAAUUAGAUAACUAAGUGAUGAAUAAAUAUUUGUGCACGUACAGGAUUUUAUCUCAAGAAUGAUUGUAAGUUAGAAAAGAGAACAUUACUUUCAAUGGUAAAUACAGACUGAUAUGACUGGGUUUUAAUCUGGAUACCUUUACGAUGUCAUAUCCUACAGGAAUAUCGUGUUAAAAAUAAGAACAAGCUUUCAAAGGGGGCGUUCAAAAUGUGGUGGUUUAUAACGGAUUCAGGUAUUUGUAAUGACUCUUAGGCAGAACAUCAUGCAGUCAGGCAACCGUUUAUAUAACCGGUCUUGUUUAAGCCCAAAUUAUCGUUGGUUUAGAGCAAAUGAUCAGCACUUAAUAGGCAUUUGAAUAGCCUGAAAGAUAUCUCCUGUGACUGCAAAAUAUAGGGUCUGUCUAUUUUGAGUCUAUCGCUUUCAAUUGACGUCAGAGAGACGCGUACGUACAGCACAGCAGUCGGGGAGGGACUGUAAAUACUUACUUCUUAUUUCUUAUUAUUGCUGAGAACAGUCAAAUUUCUCACGUCGAUUAGUCAGCACAAAUUAUCCAGGUCGUCGAUUUAUCAUCAUAUUACCAAAUAUAUCAUUUAUCCAAACAGGAAACUGUUUCUAUUUUGGAGUAUUUAUUCCGGUAAGAUGAAUUUUAAAACCUUGAAAGAUAUGCGUGUUUUCCGACAUGAAUAUUCCGUCUUGUUUAUUUGUUUCGUUACGGUUUUGCGUCACAAGAGGUAUUUUAUUUACGCGUCAUGCGACUAUGUGUGGUACCAAUAAUUCAAGUUGAAAUGCACCGUUAUGUGUGAAGUCAUACAGAAGUGUUAAUGUGUUGUUUUGGGAUCUGCUAGUAUGUUAGAACUGUAUCAGUACAUUAAUAGUCAUAGCCUUGCAAAAUGAGAUUAAUACAUAUAAACACUUUACAGAUUUCUCUUUAACUUAUGACUACCUACAUUUGCAAUACUUUUGGAACACUCCUCAUGCACUCCUUAUGCACUGGCAUGCGAAUGUUUAUGUAAUGGGACAAUACCACUUGCACGGCGGAAUUCAAAUUUGCAAGUCAGUUGAAUGAUGCCUUCUUACAAGUUCGUGUAUUUCGACCUUCGGGCAAGGGGUGAACUAACUAGAUAUGUAUUUUCAUGCGCCAGUAAAGAAUUCGAAGAUUCAAGAUUCUCGUUUGAAGAGUGGAAUUCAUUGAAGCCAGUAACGAUGCCAUUUGGUCAAGCCCCGGUACUUCUUGUGGAUGGUAAAACACUCGCACAAAGUGGCGCUAUUGCCAGAUUCUUAGCACGAGAAUUUGGACUGGCUGGAAAGAAUAGUUGGGAGCAAGGUAUGGUAGAUCAAUAUAUGGAGCUUGCAACGGAAAUGAUGGACGAAAUUGUCAAAUGGUACUUUGAAAAGGAUGAAGAAAAGAAGAAGGAACGCUUGAAAAAUCUAAAUGAAGCUGUUUAUCCAAAAUACUUAGGACUAUUCCAAAAUGCUCUUGAACAGAAUGGAGGCAGAUACUUCGUGGGAACUGAACUGACAGCUGCAGAUCUCGCAGUCUUGGACAUUUUUGACACUCCGAUGUAUCAUACCCCAAAUUUCAUGGACUCGUUUCUGAAUUUGAAAGCACACAGAGAACGCAUAGCAUCCCUGGAAAACCUUGCAAACUAUAUUAAAAAAAGAAAUGUUACGGAUCUUUGAAUGUGUAAUAAUUUGUCGUUUUGACAUUCGGAAAAAUGAGCUAGAAACAAAUUGUAUAAGACAUGUCCAUUAGUCCAUGUAUGUAUUGUGCAGGUUCUUGACUUUUAUAUGUGCAUUACAACAUGACACUUUGAUAUAUUUUAUAACAAAUAAAUUUUGAUUCUUAUUCUUUAUCAGCACAUUUAGUUGUGAACGUAUUCAACACUGUAAAACAAGAACUUUAUACAUCUAGCAAAUGGAACUAACUUCACUUUUCUAGGGAAAAAAGUUGAAACUACCUGAAAGCAGUGCGAAAUGAACAAUGUCAUUUACAAAAUAUUGUAUAUAUCUGGCACGGAGAAAAGAAUGUUGAAGAAGGUCAAACAUAAAAUCAUUUGUAAAAACUCAUGUAGGUUCCACGACUUCGAAAGCGUCUUUAAUAAAUUAAAUGUAACUAAAAACAUUUUGACCCUGGCAAGAAUAAUACAUACCAAAAGCCACUUUUUGCAAAGAAAAGAUUAGAUUAACCUAUGUUUGUGCAACUUGAACGUGAGCGUGUC